UUUACAUGUGUUUCCCGUAUGCGUAAAACCCUAAUGCUGUCGUUCCAUUAUAGUACUCACGACACGCAGAAAUAAAGCAGAUCAUGUCAUGACAAUACGUCGUUCGUAAGAAUCUGUUGAAUAACCUUCGAGCCCAAAAGCUCAGACAGAGGAGAGAUUGAUCAAUUUAACGCUGUUGAUUCGAAAUGUUUCCCAUGGACGACGAGUCAGCGAUGAAAGAGCGCAGCGAGGAGGAUGUUGAUUAUUUAUUCCUUGCAAGCGUCGAUUCUUCUUCUUCGUCAGAAGAUGAGAGUGAAAGCGGUGAUAUCCUCAAUGUGAGCUGUCACAGUAAUCACUUUAAAAGGAUGAAGGCCGAACCGGAUCAAUGCGAUGUGUUCGCCAUAAAACGAAGAAAAUUUCACACACAGCUAGACCUCCUCGAUUCAGAUCUGAUGUUGAUGACUGUUGGCGUGAGCAAACCAAGCAACGCUGUCGAAGAAUCGUCACCUCGUCCAGUUCGACGUCCAAGGAAAGUGCCGCGGAGUAAGCGAAUGUCGAAAAAGACUGAUGUUGUCUCAACUUCAGUCAAUGGAUAGGAAAAUCCAUGCCUGACAAUUUCAAAUGGCUACGGUUGACUGCUAAAGAUCGAGAACGAUUGAGCAGAACUGUGUACACAAAUUUUAACUUGGCAGGAAGGGAAUUGGAUCUUCCUCGACGGCUUGGCAAG